AUGUCAGACGCUCAUACCAAAAGAAUAAUUUCCCAUAUGAACAAGGACCAUCAAUUGGCCUUGAUUGAUUAUGUGGUAGUCUACGCUAGUAUUAAAUAUGACGACUUGAUUGAUGAAUCUGUAAAGAUUUCCAAAAUAGAUACCGAACAAUUGGUUAUUGAAUAUAGUUUAAAAGCCGCCCCGAAUGAAGUUGAAACAUUUUCAAUCUAUUGGUAUGAUGCUCUUGAAGAUGAAAAGGUUCAUGUUGGAGAAUUACGUGAUGUUAAGGCAAAAUUGAUUUCGAUGGCAAAAUAUUGUGCUCGUAGACAAGGAUAUUCUCAUAGAAGAUUGACUAAGAUUACUGGUCCUUCGUGGGGUGGGUUGAGUUCAUGUCUUUUGAUUUUGUUUUUGGCAGUGAAUGCUUAUAAUCCCCAAAUAAUUCGUAGUCUUUUGGGAAAUAAUGCUAUUUUGGGGAAAUUUUUGAAUCUUUUACCUAGACAUAUUGGUAAGGCAUAUCAGAAGUUAGAAGCCUUCUCGGGGAGAAUUCUUGCCGGAUUAUUGUUGAUUCAUGUUUCUGAAAUUUUACUCAUUACAAGAAACAUGUUAAGAAGAUACAGAACUCCAAAACGUGAAAGAUUGGCUUGGUAUGCUAUGCAAUUCUUUGAAGGUUUCUUUGUGAUUAAGAGGAUCAAGAGUCUUGUUGCUUAG